AUGCAGGGUUCUUCUGAUGCCAGCAGCGCGUCUGACGACCUGUCACCAUCCCAACCUACUCUCGACUCCGCCCCGUCCGACAACCGCAACAACUUGAAGAUUGCCAUCCCUCGGCUGGCGCCGCCUGCCGUCAAGGCUAACCAGCAACGCACGCCACGUGCCUGUGUCGCCUGUCGCGCCAGAAAGACCAAGUGUGAUGGUCGCAAGCCCGUUUGUCGCCAGUGUCACCGUCUUGAUCUCGUCUGCAAUUAUGCCGGUUCUAAGCGCGAGCGGCAACAGUUGGAGCUUGAAUCCGUUCGCAAGAAAGUCGUCGCCUACGAAUCGCUUCUGAGCGACAUCAUAACCGAUACGCAGCAGACGGGCGCUUCUUCCAUUGGGGACAUUCUUAAUAGACACUUUGAAGCAUCUCCAGAUGUCUUUGCGGCGCUGCUAGCUGCCAGAUCCAUUUCGGAUCCUCAACUCUCACCGCGGCCAAAACCGGGGAUUUCUCUAAAUCGCAUGCACAUAACAUUGGCCACUAAACCUAACAGCACCCUGCAUCCUCUCACUGAGACCCCUUUAGUACAGGUCAGCAACAUCCAAUCCUGGACCGACCUUGUCGAUAACACCACAGCCAGUCACCUUCUCAGCCUCUUCUUCGCCUGGGAGAACCCGACAUGGCGCCUAGUCGACCAGGAAAUGUUCCUCCGCGACCUGGAGAGCGGGAGUAAGCGGUUUUGCUCGUCGCUGCUCGUCCACACGCUCUUGUUUUUCGGCUGUGUAAACGCCACUGCAAGCUCUUCUUACCAUCUGGGGCGCAUCACUGAUCGGCGGGAGGAGAAAGCCCUGGGCAAGAAGUUGUACUCUGCCUUGCAACAUCUGUGGCAGUCGGAAAAGGAUGAUGCUGGUCUUCCCACGGCCCAGUCCAGCAUCAUGAUUGGCCUGCUUUGUUGCACAUUUGGCAUUGACCGCUUGGGGACCCGUUACAUCAUGCAUGGCGCCCAGCUCAGUCGGCAGCUGGGGCUUCACCACGAGUCGGCUCCUUACUUUGCUACCGACGUAGAGGCUGAAGUCGACUCGUUAUCCCGGUGUCAUAAGUUCGUUGCUUGUGGCGUUUUCGAUGUGCAGGCGCUCGCGGCACAAGUUUAUCGAAAGACACCGGUUUGGGAUCAACCUCCUGCUGCGAGCUUCUCGCAAGAAGAGGCUGCGUUGUUGGACGAAGGCGAAGAAUGGAGGCCCUAUCCCUUUCAGACCCCGGUUUUUCGGCCUUUUCAUCACACGGCGUUGUGUUUCCGCAACAAACUGGUGGCGAUUGUCAACGAGACCGCCAGGUUCGCACUCAAGUUUCCGGGCGUCAAGCUCACUCAAGACGAUUGGAUAUACGGCCGUCAGACCUAUCAGAGGCUACAGGAGUGGCGGGCAAGUUUACCAUUCGCCAUUUUGCCAGAUGUAAAUCCUGCGCCGAAUAUUCUUACACUUCACAUGUACUAUCAGGCAACGGUCGUUGCGUUGUGCCAAAUUUUCGGUCUGAAUGCCGACCCGACAGGUAACCAGCCUCUCGAUCCAAAGUUCGACCCAGAAUUAAUCAAGUUACAAUCCCUGGAUACACUUGGAUCCCUUGUUCUUCGGUUCCAAGCAUCCCAUGGGCUCAAAUCUGUUCCCAUCGUGAUGCUACAUUACUUCCUCGUGGGCGGCUUGCACGCUAUCUCGCAAUUACGUCCUAUGGACUUCAAAUGGAGCUUUGUACUAGAGGCAUGCGUGGUCGGGCUGUGGCACCUGAGCCUGGGGUGGGGGCGCAUGUGUACGGCAUUUCUGCGGACGAUUGAGCUUGUCUUGCAAGCUACCAAACCGGACCCAACCCUGGUGCCGCCCAAGGUGACCGCUGUUUUGCGGCUCCUUAAAAGCAAUCUUUGGACAGCAACCGAUGUUACUUCUCUGUCGGCCGACUAUGUGGUGCAUCAUGUCCCAGCUGCUGCUGCAGGACAAUCCGGGCCGCAGUUUCGGGCCGAAGGGCUAGAACAGCUGAUCCGCUCCAUGGACAAUUUCGCCAUCAGCUAGUGGGCGGUGAGGACGGCAUUCUGCCGUUUCCUGAAUCAUUCAAACGUUCUCCGUAUACGAUCGUCAGAACUAGACCGUAUUCGGCAAGCUCUGCAGCUCCAGCGACCAACCUGGAGUCUGCCUCUCGGCCUGCUUGCGUCAACCAUACGAUGGAACAUCAGCCAGCUCCGACAAACAGAGGCUACCAUCGUCACCUUCUGACGAAGACCCACAGUCAUCCCGCGCUUAUGCAUAACAAUCCCGCCGUCAGUGACAGGAUCGCUAAGUGGAUACAUUCUGCGAGGAGUGUUGGGUAGUUGAACUCUAGCUAUUGCACGGGUUGUGAUGGACAGGUAUAUGGUACAUGUGUAUACCUUGGUAGUAAAUGCACCAGAGUCCUGUCACUUUGAUGUGAUUAUCUUUCGUGUCAUACACCGGUUGAUAAUAUGCUGCUUGAUAGUGAACAAUUAAUUCUCAAUGCAUAUUAAAGCACAUAGUUAGAAUCCAGUCAUCUACCUUGACGAUUCAAAUCAAACCAUAACGCCAUCCAAGCUCCUGAUGCAUCUAACUCCUUUCAAACAUACCAGCAAACCAGUGAACCAACCAUUCAAUCAUCAAAUACUAUAACACGCA